UCCCGGCGGAUCCCGGCGGAUCCCGGCUCAGCUCCGCGCCCGCGGGCAGCUGUUCCCGUGGCAACGCCGCCGCCGAUGGCGGACCCGUCCCGGCGCCUGGCGGAGGGUGCCCGCCGCCGCCGCCCGCCAGGGGAGGAGCGGCGGGAGCCUCCCGGCACGGGGCGCAGCCGGACGCGCCACAGGCUGAAGGCGGCCGCGGCCCUGGCCCUGGCCCGCGCGGGAAGCGAGGGCCCGGCGGCGAACAUGACGUCAGAUAAGGAGUUUGCAGAAAACAGCAAUUUUUCACCAAGCAGGAGCUUCUCACCACAUUCCCCAACAUAUAGGGAAGAUGUAGGAAGUUGUAGAAGCUGCUUAUCUCCUGCAGUCGAGAAGAUGGAAUCAAAAGAGGAUGAGAAGAACAAAUGUAAAAGAAAAGAUCUGCCUCCACAGGACUUGAGUUGGAGCCCCUCUCCAGGGAGUGACACAGUAUGCUCCCCUUGGAAUCACAGAUUGUCUAAAAAGGGAAAGUCUAGAAGCCCACAGUCCUGUUCACGGGACAGUCGAGGCAGUCAUGGCCAUCGGUCUAGAAGGGAGCACCAUAGCAAAAGCCAACUUAAACGGAAACGAUCGAAAAGCAGAGAUAGUAGCAAACACAGGAGCAGAAGAAGCAGCAGAAGAUCAAGGGCUCAUGACACCAGAGCCUCUCUGAAAAGCCAGAGGGGCUCUCUAAGUGGUGAGAGCACUCCAUCCAGAGAAGUGAGCAGAUCACGUUCACGCAGCAAAGGCCACAGUAAAAGGAGAUCAAGAAGUAGAGACAGUGAUCGCUAUUAUGUAAGAGACAGUUAUCAAAGUAGACACCAGUGGGGUUCUGCUUUCUGUAGUCGAAAGGUAUUUGGAGACAGCUAUGAAUCCUCCAGUAGAAGGAGGACCCGGUCUAACACUACUUAUUCGCGGCAAUCUGCUAGUCCAGAAUACAGGAUACGAUCAUUUAUUGAGAGGACAGAUCUGCAUAGCCAGAGGGGACUCCAUGAGAGACACUAUUACUGUUAUGAAAGAUGCAGAUCAAGGAGUCGGUCAAGCAACAGAUCAAGGACUCCUCCUGGAGGAGCUGACAGAAUGAAAAGUGAAAAGCCUGGUGGAAAAAGGAAGUACAAAACUCGCCACCUGGAGAAUGCAUUCAUGGAAAGCACAAGUCUAGAAAGAGAAAAUGAGUCUAAGAAAACUUCGUCAAAAUUUGGUGACUGCUGCAAAAAUGAAGAUAGCCUGUCAGACAAUCGUGCAAGCAGUGAGACAAAGCGUAAGAAAAGGAAGAAGAAAAUGAGGAGUCCAAGUGUGGAGAUAGUCUAUGAAGGAAAAGCAACAGACACAACGAGGCAUCUUAAAAAGAAAAAGAAAAAGCAUAAGAAGAAACACCGGAAACAUCACACGAGUAACUCAGUACCUUCUUCUCCAGUGGUGAUUACAAUUGAUAGUGAUAGUAGCAAGGAACCAGAAGGUACCGAAUGGGACAGCAGUAUUAUGUGGACAGGCACAACUCACAUAAAUGAGAGGGAAAAUGAGUCUCCAUCUCCUUUUCUGAGGAGGACAGGAUGCGAGGAAGCUGGAGGAGUAGACAAAAAGUAUUGUAUUCCUGCCACAAGGGAAAACUUAGAUGAUGGAGAUAGAAAUGCUGAUGUCAAACUUCAAGAAACAGCAGCUGAUCAGAGUGUUACCACAGUGAAUGCCAGCAGUAACACCCCUCACACAGAAACUGUAACCAGUUAUGUUCAGGAAGCACCAGCAGCGCCUUCCAGUCAACUGCCUUCCCCCAGGACUUCCUUCCUAGAGUGUCCAGAGAGAGAGCCAUUGAUACUGAGACUGCCAAAGAGACUUGUCAACAGAUCCUCGUGGUUUGAUUUCCCAGAAGAAAAAAUGUAGUAGGCUUUCCUUGGAACACUUGUUCAAACUGUGAAUUUAACAACUUUCUUUUUCCCCUUGAAAACUAAAAUGUCUGAUAGGGUUUCUGUCUGUUAAAAAGAUGUCUAGGAAAUGUAUAAAACUUUUGAAUGUGUAUGCACUUUCAAGUCAAAGAAGAUAGAAUAUUGCUAGUCUGUAAUUCUAAAAGUUUGUUAGAGGACUGUUUGGGCGUUUUAAUUUCAUAAAGCCAUCCACAGAGUAUUUCAAAGUUUUGUGUAAAUCAAACAACAGAAAAGGAGCCCAAAACAAGAGCCUGGAAAUGCAUUUUAUGGGGAUUACUUCUUAGACCAGGAAAAUGUUGUUUAGUUCAUAAAAAGUGAUUCAGUCUGAAUUCCAGCAUCAUUUCAAUCUCUGGUUUAAGCUGAUGUCUGCUGAAAAGCAGUCAGUGAUUUCUACAGAAAUUCUCACAUGACUUUGAGUAAUUUUAAGGUAAGCUUGUCAAAAUCUGAAUAAAGCAAUAAGGUUUUUUUGGUUGUUAUUAAAUACAUUUGCAUAUGUACUGUG